ACUCCACAUUCAGCCAGCUAAUUCUUCACAGAGUACAGACACAUUCUCACAUUAGAGUAAGGUACAGAAGACAGGCCAGAGAGCGGGGACACACCUCUGUGCUGCGAUAGUGCCCACUAUACUUUCUGUUGACCAGUUAUAGUUUAGUAUAGGCCACACAGGGUAUCUAAUUCAUUAGUCACAAGUGAACAGAGGCACAUUAAAAACAGAUAGAUCAUAACCUUGUUGCUUAUGAUACAGAAUACUUCGCUUACUGGCACAGGAAUACAACCACAAAACAUUUAUUUUUGGACCAGGACUGUUGCAUAGGGUCAAUAUGAUGUCAGAUGAGUAUUUGGUGGAGUGUAAUAUUGACGACGACGAUGAUGAAGAUGACUAUGAGGUGAGGAAAAUCCAGCCCUCCCCACCACCAGAGUUUGGCUCCACCCCCUCCAUCACUCCCCAGCCCUCGCUCAUUCACACUGACAUCAGAGAUCCAUGCGGUGUCAACAAACAUUUAAAGAUAGACUUCAGUGAUGUUUUGGCAGAGCCUGCCUCCACGCACAGCUAUGACCGCGUGUGGAUUUACAGCAGUAUCGCCUUUGAGGCAAUGAAGCUGUGGGGUUACCGGUGCCUGACGACCCUGUGUGCUGUUCCAAUUUCGUGCCUCUGUGGCUGUCUCUUUGCCCUUUUGGCCUGUAUGCAUAUAUGGUGUGUGAUGCCAUGUAUCCAGGUGUGCCACACAUGCUUGCCCUGUGUGAGGUCACUUUGGAUGAGUGUGGUCAAUAUCUUCAUCGCUCCAUUCUGCACGUCCGUGGCACGGUGCUGUACUGGCAUACAUGUGCUGUUUUCAAAAGAGUGAUGAAGUACAAUAAAGAAAGAAAGAAUAAAGAAAGACGCCUCUAUGAGACAUUCAAAGAUACAGAAUAAAUGUUAUUUUGUAUUUCA